AUGUUCCCUCAGUGCAAAAUCAGACUCUCCGGCUUGGUCCCCUAUUUGAAGUAUGUGGUCCUGGCGGAUUUUGUGCCAAUGGACAACUUCAGGUAUAAGGUACCUGUUCUUCCCUGGGGCCUGUCACCCCCUACAGGGUUCUGCAGGAGGGGUGAGCUGGAACCCGGCACACGAGAACCCUGGGAAGGGACCAGAGCUGGGCUUAGGAGACCCAGAUCCACAUUCUCCCUGAGCUCGUCCCACCCUAUCGGGUGCGGGACGUUGGGCAAGCACCUUCUCUGCUCUGGUCUGUUUCCUCUUCUGGGGAUGGGGUUCGAUGACUCUUUGAGAUUUGCUCUAGCUUUUCCCUGCUCCCCACCUGCAAAGGGCAGUGAUCCUUCCUGCCUGCUCUCAGCGCGGCCCUUCUGUGUCCUGCAGUGGGCCAAAGACCAGUGGGAGGUGGCGGGCAAGGCCGAGCCGCAGCUCCCUGGCCGCUCCUACAUCCACCCGGACUCACCGGCCUACGGCAGCCACUGGAUGAAGGAGCCCGUUUCCUUCCACAAAAUGAAACUGACCAACAACACCUUGGACCAGCACGGCCAUAUCAUCCUCCAUUCCAUGCACCGCUACCAGCCCCGCUUCCUCGUGGUCCAAGCCGACGACCUCUUCAACGUCUGCUGGAAUAGCUUCCAAGUCUUCAGCUUCCCCCAGACGGUCUUCAUCUCCGUCACGGCCUACCAGAACCAGCAGAUCACCAAACUUAAAAUUGACAACAACCCCUUUGCGAAAGGAUUCCGGGAACAAGGGAAGAAGCCUAGAAGGAGAAUGACUGAGGAGACCCCAUCCCUCGCACAGGGCCCACAGACUCAGCCCGGCCCAGGGGCGGAAGAGGAAAAGGCUUGA